UCGCAAAUAGUCGCAGCCAGAGAAACGCUUGCGAAAAAUUUUAUUAAAUUUAUUUGAAAUUAUUUUGUAUUCGGGAAAAGCAAUUGCGACAGAAUGUUGAUUAAAGUGAAGACGCUGACCGGCAAGGAAAUUGAAAUCGACAUUGAACCAACAGACAAGGUAGACCGCAUUAAGGAGCGCGUAGAGGAAAAGGAAGGAAUACCGCCGCAACAACAACGUCUCAUCUUCUCCGGCAAACAAAUGAACGAUGACAAAACGGCAGCGGACUACAAAGUGCAAGGCGGCUCAGUGUUACAUUUGGUGCUGGCAUUGCGAGGUGGCCAACAAUAGGAUCCAUGGAAAGCUCGUCUUAGUAAAUUGGUAAACAAUUAAGUCAUUUUCUACGCGUACUUCAUGUUACUCAAAUAAAAGCCGUAAACGGUAAUAACGCAUACAUAUA